AUGUCUAAGGCUAUGGGCGCUUUGUGUCUUGCUAAUCCCCAGGAUGUCCUUUUUAAAGCGAUAUUUGUGGAGCGAAGGCUUUCGAGGCAUCACUUGAAAGAGGUGUCCAUCUCUGCGAUUAUUCUUAGAGUGAUGGAGGAAAACAUUUCUGUCAAGGAUGGAGGCCUCAUUGCGCUUGGGCUUAGCAGAAUUCUAAUAAGAAAACUGAGAUACCUGCUGGAUGAGUGCAACGAGGUUGUCCAUAAAAUCUGCAGAAAAGACAUGGACAGAGAAAGAAGCUUUAAACAGCCAUCUUCAAGGGGAAUAACCCUGGGACUGGACCUGGAAAGUUUGUAUGUAGAUGACCAGAUGAUAGAUCCAGAAGAGUUUACCAUUCUUCCUGAGGAAGAGGAUCCAGGCGAUGGUCAGGAUCCUGGGGAUGCUAGUUUUGGUGGGCUUGACGAUAUCUCCUAUAUUGAGGAGGCUAGACUUGGAGGUGAGGAUAGCACCCGAAUUUCCACAACCACGGAGGUCACGCAGAUUUCCUUGGGAGAGCGUAAAGAGAAAAAAAGAAGGAUUGCUGAGGACACCGAACUGGAAUUCGAUUCUCAGGUAUUCAGGGUAAAUCUCCGAAAUACAAGAGAUAUAAUACACAAGGAGAGCGCUCUCGACAUAAGGAACGAGCUGGCCUCGAGGCUUUCGAUUGCACCCGAGAUAUUGUCCAGGAUUGGGUGUAGAGAGAUACAUCCAAGAGAAAGCAUAGAAAGCAUUCGUGAUGCUACAAUAGUGGAAUCAUAUGGAGACAUCAGUUUCGGAGAGCAUGCUGCUGAGUCACAGGCGUCCGAGGAGAUUGUUAUGGAGAGUUAUCUGGACAUAGAGAAGCUCCCUAGGACCUUUGUCUUUAAUGAAAUUGCCGGAGGGCAUAAUAGAUAUGAGAAGGGCAGGCUCUUUCUAUCACUUCUGAAUCUAUUAGGAAGUGGUGUUGUACAGGGGCGUCAGAAGAAUCCUUACUCUGACAUAGAAUGCACGGUUAUACAGUGA